AUGGAUUCAAAGUCUAAAUUUGUCGAUGUCAUAAUCAUCGGAACGGGAGUCGGUGGCCUCUCCGCUGCAAAGACCUAUUUGGAGGCCGAACCCACUGCCGACAUUCUCCUUCUUGAAAAGCGGAAGACUAUCGGGGGUGUUUGGGCAGACGAAAACUGCUAUGAUGGUCUCAAAACCAACAACCUAUUGGGAACAUACGAGUUCACUGACUUCCCAAUGGGCGAAAAAUAUGGGCUUAAGGCAGGCUCCCAUAUUCCUGGUUCCGUUCUCCACUCUUACUUGACGGAUUUCGCUAUUCAUUUUGAUAUCCAACGGCGGAUCCAGUUCGAAACCCAUGUUCAAGAGAUUACCAAGAUGGACAAGGGCUGGAAAAUCACAGCCAAGGCACUUGGAACGGCUGAUGGUCCUGACUCAACUGUGCAUUUCCAAUGCAACAAACUCAUCGUCAGCAGUGGUCUAGCAUCCACGCCGAACCCUGUAUCUAUCCCUGGCCAGGCGGCUUUCGGCAAGCCCAUCCUCAACCACGGCCAGUUGAAAGAGGAAGGCCGCCGUGUAGCCGAGGACCCCUCAGUCAAGUCGGUAACCGUUGUCGGCGCCUCUAAGACUGGCUACGACACUGUGCAGCUCAUGGCAUCCCACGGAAAGCAGGUUGACUGGAUCAUACGCGAAUCUGGAGGCGGCCCAGUGUGGAUGUCACCUCCAUGGGUCAACAUGGGCCCCUUUCGGGUGAUGCUUGAGCAUCUCGCCACCAUGAGAUUUUUCUCUUGGUUCAGUCCCUGCAUCUGGGGUAACUACGACGGCUUCGGGUGGAUCCGAGCGCUGCUUCAUGGAACUUGGCUUGGCAGACUCGUCGUUCAUCACUUCUGGGAGAAGAUUCGAGAAGACACUGUCCGUGGAAACCGGUAUAGAGAAGAACCCGCUCUUGCGUUGCUUGAGCCCUACGAGAGUCUCUUUUGGUCCGCUCGAGUCGGCGUCCUGAAUUACCCUGGCAACAUCCACGAUUACCUUUUGUCUGGACAGGUCAAGCUCACUAAAAAGGACAUUUCGUGCCUUUCCGAGAACGGAACUGUACAUCUAAGCGAUGGGAGUGAAUUUCACACCGACGCAUUGAUCGCCAUUACCGGUUGGAACCUAGCCCCUACCGUCAAGUAUUCCCCCGCCGGCAUAGAGCGCGAAUUGGGCAUUCCGUGCAGCAUCGUGGAGGGAAAAGAGGCAUCGCUGUGGGAAACCCUCGACAGUGAAGCCGAGAAGGAAAUUCUCUCUCGCUUCCCCUACCUUUCCAAGCAACCAAAGCAGAUCAUUCCCUACAAGCAAAAAGUCUCUCCGUACCGACUCUACCGGGGCAUCGCAUCACCAGAGCUCACGACCCGCAACGACCACUCUAUUGUAUUCAUCAAGAUGGUUCAUAGCACGAGCAACAUGAUCAUCGCCGAGACUCAGGCUCUUUGGGCUUACGCAUAUCUGAACAACAAAAUCGACAUUGACAGAGCGCAGGUCUACAAACAAACAGCCCUGACAAGUCGGUAUGGAAAGCUUCGCUAUCCCUGUGGCUUCUCAUCUUGGUAUCCAGAGUUUGUGUACGACGCUAUUCCAUAUGCCGACAUGCUCCUGAAGGACCUGGGCGUUCAGAACAAGCGGAAGAAGACGUGGAGAAAGGAAAUCUUCCAGGGGUAUACCAUCCAGGACUACAAGGGAAUCAACCAGGAGUGGAUUAAAUCUCACCUAUCUAACUCGGCGGUCUAA